CAUGAUCGAAAUAUACGUCCAAAUAUGAGAACAAUUGAUAUCAGCAAUCACUCCAAGCCGUUCGAUGAGGCAUUAAAAAGAAUGAGAAAGGCCGAAAAUCAGCCCUGUGUUAUAACCGACGAUAAAUUGUCUGAAUUUAUUUUCUACAUCGUCGAUAACAAUACGCAUGUCCUUCAUGAAAAAGCUCAUCACAGCAUUAUCGAUGGCAGAUCCCACUCUAAGUUCGAUGACAUGAUCAUUAACGCUUAUAAUAAUUUAAAACAAGGCAAACCAAUCGUUAUUUUGCCUGAAUUACAUUUUGAUGCACUCGCUCAAGCGGACCUCGCCUAUAAAGCUUCAGUAGAGCAUAAACAAGACGAGAAAUUUUGGAAAGAUCGAGUGCAGUCAUUGAAGCACCAUGCUUACACACAGCGAAAUGUCGAUUCUCUGUUGAACAAAAUCACUAAUCGUUAUACACACUCAUUGAGUAUCAGCGAACGCCAAAAACUUCAACAGAUAGCAGCAGAAAUGCAUAUUCCAGAAUCCAUUCUCUAUAUUGGCGUAUCAAAACUAUUGUUUCGAAGCCUACAUGGCAAUGAAUAUGUAAGCCUCAGCUUACCAGUGAGUGGAACGUAUUUGAGACGAGAACUUGGCAUGACAUCUAAUAUCGUGCCACUGCUAUUGUGCAUACCUGACUAUGCUACGCUCAAAGAAGUCUUUAUGAAUGUUGCUCAAGAAACUAAAUCCGUUCUUGCCCAUCAACGUUAUCGCAUCGAGGAAAUUCUACGACACGCCAAUUUUGGACCACACAUCAAUGUUAUGCUUCGUGAUAAUAGACAGGAAUUUGAAAAUUGCAGUUCCACACAUCAUUUUGGCACAAACAUCGAUACCAACGAAUUACAAAUAACAUUCUGGUCUGAACGUCCAAAUGGUCGUCUUGACAUCAUGUUUGAUGAUAUUGUGGAAGGGCAUUCAAAAGAACAACUUGUUGCUUUAAAAGAUCGUUUCAAUUUCAUUUUGGCUCUUGUUGUUAGUGCUCCGAAUACUACCGUAGCCACACUUAAUGAACGCUGUCGUGCUGUCUCCACGAACGAGCAGAAUGAGAGCUUUUAUGCAAAUCGAAGAACUCCAGUUGCAGCUGGAUUUCUGCAGUGGGGUCGAUGUGUCGAUUCAUUAGUACGUCUCGUGAAUUCUAAAACAUGGGUAGGAAGCGGUCCCAGUCCUUUUGCAACCUCAAAAGUACUUCUUAUCGAUCGAGCGGUGAGCAUCAGUGGACUGAAACGCGUAAAUGAUAUGAAUAUACGCACGGAAGCACCGGGAACAUUAUUGGCAAUUGACGAAAAUGCUUGGCACGUUGCUGUUGCAGAUGGAGUUGUUAAAAUAAGUGAUUUCCUUGAUGAAAGUGGGCGAGCCACAUCAGCUCGGAUACUUGCCAAUCAAUGUCAUCUUCUCGCAGGUGAUCUACUUCCAGUAAUAACUCCUGAACAAGCCGAAUUUUUAGGCGCAACAUAUGCACAGGUCAUGCUAUCGAAUCCACAUUGGUCUCAUUGUCUUGCCAACUUUGAAUUAUGUAAACUUUCAAUUGUGCAAAACUAUGCUAAUCAACCACCGGUAUGGGCCGCAUCUGAUUUUCAAGAUUUAUCACCUGUAAGAUUCAGUGCAACAGAGCUUAUUGCCGCAUGGCUCAUUUACAUCGCUCGACAUACCCAAAUGUCACAAUUACAGAUCGGAUGGGAUGCAACUGAAUCGAAUGAAAUUUACCAAAAUGAUGAUGUAUUGGCAACACGGAUUUUUGCUGAAACUGUACCAUUUUCGACAUCCAUCGAUUUCAGUGAAACCUUUUCAAGCGUUGUGGCCAACGUAGAGAGAGAUUGCAAGGAAAUGGUUAACAACUUACCAUGCUUGUCUGAUUUGAUCGUUCGACAUGCCAUAUGUUCCUCAAAUGACUUGCGCAGCGAUAGACACUGGGAAUUGGCCGUGUCCCUCAUCAACACGCAAGAAGAAUGCCCCUCGAAAGACGCUCACGGCAGUUUGCUUACGCUUCAGAUCAACAAAAAUAAUGGCUCUUUUCGUUGGAUCUAUGAUAAUAAUAAGAUAUCAGAGGAGGAAGUAAACCGUAUAUCAUCACAUUUGCUGGUUUUACUUGCAUCUGCUCAUAGCAUAGAUCAAUCACAGAAACCCAUUGGCCGACUGAAUUUACUACCCAAAGCUGAACGCGAACUGCUUCUCAAUAUCUGGAACCAAACUGAUAUAACUUAUCCUGCUAAGAAGUGCAUCCAUCAGUUGUUCGAAGAACAAGUCAGGCGUGACGGUUCAGCGAUUGCGGUGGAAUGUGAAGGAGAAACUUUGAACUAUGAUGAACUCAAUACACAAUCAAAUCAACUAGCACACUAUCUGAUUUCCAAAGGUGUUAAGCCAGAUGAUCGCAUUGCACUUUGCGUUAAGCGCAGCACAAAAAUGAUUGUAGCUAUACUAGGUAUUUUGAAAGCCGGCGGCGCUUAUGUACCACUCGAUCCUGAAUACAAUAGUGAACGGCUAAGAAAUAUUCUGAGGGACGCCGAUCCAAUGUGUUUGUUGGCAGAUUCCACUGGCCAAAAAGCACUUGGAGAUCAUCAUGUGUCUGUGGUUAAUUUGGACCAUAUGUUACCCAAUGGCCUGUCGAGUGAUAACCCGGAUUUCUCUAAACUCGGCCUUACUUCAUCUCAUUUGGCAUAUAUAAUUUAUACUUCUGGUUCCACCGGAAGACCGAAAGGGGUGAUGGUAGAGCAUCACUCUCUGCUCAAUUUGGUUCAAAGUCUUGCUUUCAUUUUUGAUAUAACUCUGAAGAGCCGCUUUUUACAGUAUGCUUCUUGCUGUUUUGAUAAUAGUGUUGGCGAAAUUCUAACAACUUUGACAAGUGGAGCAUGUCUUUGCAUACCAAACGAAAUAGUACGUCGAAUGGAUAAUUCCUUGAUUAGAUAUAUGAAUGACGAAAAGAUUACCCAUGCGCCUUUACCGCCGGCUAUCUUCCGAAACACACAAAAACUAAUCGAUUCAACUGGGUUGAAGACUUUGAUUUUAGGUGGCGAAACACCGUCGUUAUCCUUGCUAAAAACUGCCGUUAGGCAUACUGCAGUUUUCAAUGGCUAUGGUCCAACUGAGACAACCAUAGCUGCGACCACUUGGUCGUGUCCAAUUGAUUUUGAUAGCCAUUCAAUACCAAUCGGUCGUCCAAUAUCUAAUAAUCGUAUUUACCUCUUAAAUGCACAAGGUGAACCGGUACCAUUGGGAGCCGAAGGAGAACUGUAUAUUGGCGGCGCUGGUGUGGCUCGUGGCUACCUCAACCGAUCUGAACUUACCGCCGAGUGCUUUUUGUCCGAUCCAUUCAGUGACAAACCAUCGGAACGCAUGUAUCGCACUGGUGAUCUGGCACGCUAUUUGCCUGAUGGAAAUUUAGUAUUUUUGGGACGCAUUGACCAACAGGUUAAAAUUCGUGGUUUCCGAAUUGAGCCUGGUGAAAUUGAAGCUCAUUUAGUGGAACAUCCUUUGGUGCGCGAAGCGGUUGUACAGCCAUGGAAGAAUGGGAUUGAUAGUGAUACCCGUCUGGUGGCAUAUGUAGUAGCCAAUCCUGAUGCAUCACUCGCCAACAAUCUACGUACGUAUUUGAAAUCUCUAUUGCCUGAUUAUAUGGUGCCAGCAGCAUAUGUGUGUCUAUCAUCAUUACCACUCACACCAAAUGGCAAAUUGGACCGACGUGCACUUCCAGCACCGGACGAUGAAGCAUUUGCCCAUCAACUAUAUGAAGAGCCGCGAGGCGAAAUGGAAGAAAAACUGGCUGAAAUCUGGAGUGAGCUGUUAGGUAUUAAGCGAAUCAGUCGAAAUGACAAUUUCUUUGCGUUGGGCGGGCAUUCUUUGCUGAUUGUACGAAUGGUAGCACUAUUACGAAAGGCCGGAUUGGAUACCAGUGUCAAGAAAAUAUUUGAUGCUCCCACCUUAUUUGCACUAGCAGAAACUCUCGGCAAACAUCAGUCGUUAAGUAUUCCACCCAAUAUGAUUACUGAAGACAGCACGAAGAUUACUCCAGAUAUUUUACCUCUUAUUAGCCUAUCUCAAUCGGAGAUUGAUUUUCUAGUAGAACAUGUGCCGGGUGGUAUAGCCAAUAUUCAAGAUAUUUAUGGGUUAGCACCAUUACAAGAAGGCAUCUUGUUUCAUCAUAUGAUGGCCGAGCAAGGCGAUCCAUACUUAAGAAUGCGUCAUUUACAAUUUAGUGAUCGUGAAAAACUUGAUGACUACGCAAUCGCGCUGAAACGGGUAAUUGAACGACAUGAUAUUCUGCGAACCGCCUUCAUCUGGGAAGGACUCAGUGAACCGGCACAAAUCGUUUUACGUCAAGUCCCUCCAAUACUCACCGAAGUCACAUUGGAUGAAACCAAUGAAUCGGUUCUAGAACAAUUAAAUAGCCGCUUUAAUCCACGUCACUACAAACUAGACCUGACCCAAGCACCUUUGCUACGUGUAUUUGCCGCUCAAACGUCUGAAGAUAAUUGGGUGGCAAUGAUUCUCAUGCACCAUUUAAUCACUGACCACACAACACUAGAAAGAGUGAAUGUAGAAGUGCAAGCCAUUAUCGAAGGACAGAGUGAACAGUUGGCCACACCCACACCAUUCCGUCAUGUAGUGGCUCAAGCUCAACUAGGAGUUAGCCAAACCGAACACACUAAGUUCUUCGAAGAAAUGCUUGCUGAUGUUGAUACACCAACCCUUCCGUUUGAUCUGAGCGACGUUCAUGGCGAUGGGACUGAGAUUGAUGAAGUGCAUCUUGAGUUACCACAGGAGCUUAAUAAUCAGUUACGGGAGCAUGCACUUCAUUUACAUGUUAGCUUGGCCAGCCUUUGUCAUUUGGCUUGGGCACAAGUACUUGCUAAAGCCAGUGGACACAAGACAGUUGUCUUCGGCACCGUACUAUCCGGUCGUUUACACUCCGGAGAGAAUGACAGUUCAUUAGGGUUAAUGAUAAACACGCUACCAAUUAGGCUGGAUAUCGAUGAGAGGACGGUAGAGAGCGCCGUGCGUCAUACUCACUUUCGUUUGAGUGCAUUGCUAGAACAUGAUAAUGCAUCGCUUGCGUUGGCGCAACGUUGUAGCGGAGUGCCAGCAAGUUUGCCACUUUUCAAUGCGUUAUUGAAUUAUCGUCAUAAUCAGCCGAGCAGGGAGGUCACUACGACGAUCCAUGGGGUCUCAUUCUUGGGCGCAGAGGAGCGAACUAAUUAUCCAAUAAACCUGGCGGUAGAGGACGACAGUGAGGCACUGACUCUGACAGCCCAAGUGGUGUCUCCAAUAUCAGCGGCACGGAUUUGUGGUUAUAUGCAACAGGCUCUCCUCACGCUUUCCUAUGUAUUAACACACACACCACAGCAGCCUUUACGAACAUUGACGGUCAUGCCACCAGAAGAACAUGAUAUGCUAUUACAUAGUUGGAAUCGAACGACUGUCGAUUAUCCACCUGUUUGUUGUCUUCAUCAAUUAUUUGAGGCACAAGUGGAGCGUAGCGGUCAAGCCAUAGCGGUGGAAUUUGAAGGGGAAACUUUGAGUUAUGCUGAACUCAAUGCACAAGCUAACCGAUUGGCACAUCAUUUGAUCACGCGGGGAGUAAAGCCAGAUGAUCUCAUCGCAAUUUGUGUUAAACGCAGCACAAAAAUGAUCGUAGCCAUAUUAGGCAUUUUGAAAGCCGGUGCCGCUUAUGUACCACUCGAUCCAGUCUACUCAAGUCAACGGUUACGAAACAUUUUGGUGGAUGCGGAUCCAUUGUAUUUGUUGGCAGAUUCCACUGGUCAAGAGGCACUUGGAGUUCAUGAUAUACCAGUGAUUAAUUUGGAUCAGCCGUUACCAGACGAUCUAUCAACCCAAAAUUCGGACGCGUGCAUAUUGGGACUCAAUCCAAACCAUUUGGCUUACGUAAUAUAUACAUCCGGUUCUACUGGAACACCGAAAGGUGUGAUGGUUGAGCAUCAGUCUUUAUUCAACUUGGCACAUACACAAACUUCUAUUUUCGGGAUAACUCCCAAGAGUCGUAUUUUGCAAUUUGCAUCCUGCUCAUUUGACGUUAGCAUGGAUGAAAUCAUGAGAGCUCUAACAAAUGGAGCAUGUCUUUGCAUACUUAACGAAGAAAUACGUCACAGUGACACUGCUUUGCUUGACUUUCUAAGUACCGAGAAGAUUACCCAUGCAACUUUACCUCCCGCUCUGUUCCGAAACACUAAAGCGUUGACCAAUUUAAAGGACAUACAGACGUUGGAAUUUGUGGGCGAGCCGCCUUCGUUAUCAUUGCUCCAAGCUGCUGCUAACGAAACUAAGGUUUUCAAUGGUUAUGGUCCAACCGAAACAACCAACUGUGCGACCAACUGGAUAUGCCCCAUAAAUUUUAACAGUCCCUCUAUACCCAUUGGUCGUCCGAUAUCGAACGUACAAAUAUAUCUGUUGGAUUCACGUGGUGAACCGGUUCCAUUGGGGGCUGAAGGAGAACUAUAUAUUGGCGGUGCUGGUGUGACCAGAGGCUAUCUAAAAAAACCCGAACUCACAACAGAACGAUUUUUACCUGAUACAUUCAGUGAAAAUCCAACAGCACUCAUGUAUCGUACCGGUGAUCUGGCUCGUUAUUUGCCUGACGGAAAUCUAGUGUAUCUAGGACGUACUGAUCAACAGGUUAAAAUCCGUGGUUUCCGAAUUGAGCCCGGCGAAAUUGAGGCCCGUUUAGUAGAACAUCCUUUGGUGCGCGAAGCGGCCGUACAGCUACUGAAGGACGGACCCGAUAGUAAUAACAAUCUUGUUGCCUAUGUAGUGGCCGAUCCAGAUGCGUCACUCGCCAACAAUUUACGUACAUAUCUGGCUACUCUAUUACCUGAUUAUAUGGUGCCAGCAGCAUAUGUGUGUCUAUCAUCAUUGCCACUCACACCAAAUGGCAAAUUAGACCGACGUGCACUUCCAACGCCGGACGAUGAAGCAUUUGCCCGUCAACUAUAUGAAGAGCCGCGUGGCGAAUUGGAAGAAAAACUGGCUGCAAUCUGGAGUGAACUGUUGGGUAUUGAGCGAAUCAGUCGAAAUGACAAUUUCUUUGCGUUGGGCGGACAUUCAUUGAUGGUGAUGAAAUUUUCCAACCUGGCAAAGAAAUACUAUAAUAUACACGUUGAUGCGCGCGGUUUGUUUUCCUUUCCAAUACUCAAAGACUUGGCAGAGAGAAUAACUAACUCUCCCAACAAACUGUAUUGUGAUGAAGCUAUUCCAGUUCGUCAUCGUGGCGAUCAGAUACCCAUAUUUUUCUUACCAGAUGGUUAUGGAGACAUUUCAUAUGCUUUUGAACUAGCACACGAGAUUGAUGAAAGUGUUCCUGUUUAUGUGUUACCGUGGUUUUCACCAGAAAAAGAGCAGCCAUCAUCCGUUGUAGAAAUGGCCAAUACAAUGAUUUCGCUGAUGAAGAAAGUACUGCCGGAUGGCCCUUGUGCUAUAGCUGGUUACUCCUCUGGAGGUAUUCUAGCUUAUGAAAUAGCAAAUCAACUUAUAAACAGUGGCUACCCAGUCUCAUUUUUGGGUUUAAUCGACACGUCUCCUCUCACAAAAACGAGUGAUACUAAUUGGUUUUUGUAUUCUAUUACAUUGAAAUCUGCCUUCUUCAAAACGUUAAAUGAUAUAGAGUGGUGGGAACGUGUAAGUAAAUUGCGUCUAAAUGAAGCAAUUGAAGAAGUUAAAUUAAAAAACGUUGAUUUGAAAAAUGCAGAUAUCGAAUGGGAAGCAUUGUUAUCGAAACAACGGGCUCAUUACCAUAAUAUAUGUGCAGGGUAUAAGAUCAAUUCACUACCAAUUACCGUAAAUUUGCUUAAGGCAUCAGAGUUUGAUCAGUCACAUGGUCGUAAUAUGUACUUUGCUAAAAAUAUUCAAACACAAAAAAGUGUUGGUGAUUUUAGUAAAAUGUAUAAUUUUCCAAAAAUUGAAUGGGACAGUAACCAUCUUUCAGACGUGCGCAUUAUUCCUGUAAACGGUGGUCACUUUACAAUGAUGACAGAUCAGAACAAUCGAACUUUACUAGGAAAAAAAAUAACUGAAUUAUUACUAUCAAAAUAAAUAUAAAUGUGUUAAGAUUACGGUCUAGGGGGUUCCGACUUAUACGAAUGUUCCAUAUGCGAGCGAAUGUUUCAUACAAAUUUUGCGAAUGGUGGCGGAUGUUUCAUACGAAUUUGCGGACGGUGUCGAAUGUUUCAUACACAUUUUGCGGAUGGCGCAUAUGAAAAGUCAUAUUUUUACAUUCAAAAAGUCAAAGUGACAGAUUAGUUGACAGAGAUUCAAGCCGAAUUGAUAUUUUUUUGGUAAUAUUGAGUGAAAUUUUUCUAAAAUGGUAAAUAAAUCUUUGUCACUCGUAAUAUAAUCACUGUAAGGCACCGUUGUGAAAGGUUUUUAUUUUGAUUG